UAUUACACUGGGUUGCCAACCGACAUUACAACCAACAAAGAAGAAACUAGGGGCGGGCCUUCGCGGGAAAAGCGCGGGUGGGGCUGCUGUGCUGCUGUGAGCGCAUCUACGUCAUACUUCGUCCCGCAUUAGACGAACUCUGUCCGGGCAAACCUCUGCACAACAUCCACUCACAGGCUACACAGUCUACGCCAACACUGAGCUUCCCGUUGGUUUGUUCAGACGUAAACAUGUGUGGAAGAACCGCGUGCACUCUGGCUCCCGACGAGCUGAGCCGAGCCUCGUCCUACAGAGACCGAGGAGGGCGGAGGAGACAGCCCCGCUGGAGGGAUGGAGACGCGGACAAGUACAAGCCCUCUUACAACAGGAGUCCGCAGUCCAUGAGUCCCGUCCUGCUGUCCCAGCAGCACUUCGAUAAGGAUGCUCCUGUGGACGAGCGCGUGUUGGCUGUGAUGCGCUGGGGUCUCGUACCUGCUUGGUUCAAGCAGGAUGAUCCGAGCAAGAUGCACUACAGCACCAGCAACUGCCGCAGUGAGAAUAUCCUGGAGAAGAAAACAUACAAGUACCCGAUGAACAAAGGACAGCGCUGCGUCAUCCUGGCUGAUGGUUUUUAUGAGUGGAAGAGGCAGGAGAAACAGAAGCAGCCGUUCUUCAUCUACUUCCCUCAGGGUUCAUCAGGAUCCAGUGACCCUGCAACCUCAAAGAAGGCACGCUCUGCAGAAAAGGUCUCCCUGGACAUGACAGAGGAAGGAGAAGCUCCAUGUGAGUGGACUGGUUGGAGGCUGCUGACCAUGGCUGGACUGUUUGACUGCUGGACACCACCAGAGGGUGGAGAACCCCUGUACACUUACACUGUAAUCACUGUGGAUGCUUCACCGAAUCUGCAAGACAUCCAUGGCAGGAUGCCGGCCAUCCUGGAGGGAGAGGAGGAAGUGAGGAGAUGGCUCGACUUUGGUAAAGUGAAGUCUCAGGAUGCUCUGAAGCUGCUCCAGUCCAAAAACACUCUGACCUUUCACCCCGUCUCUUCACUCGUCAACAACUCGCGCAACAACUCUCCAGAGUGUCUUCAGCUGGUGGAUCUCAACAGCAAGAAGGAGCCCAAACCCACAGGCAGCAGCAAGAUGAUGAUGAGCUGGCUGAAGAACGGGUCACCUUCAAAGAGGAAGAAGUCCAACACGUGUGAGAGCGAAGAAGAAACAAAGAAACGGCCCAAAUCUACAGGAGCUCUUCAGGGAGCCAAUAAGAAACCAAGAAUCCACUGAAGAUCUGAACCUGGACGUAAAACUCAAGUUGUGAACAUAGUUUACGUCUCCUCUCUUCUAAUUUAACGUUUAACUUACAGGUUUGAGGGAAAACAUCUUAACAUUUUUCCUUAAAUUAGAAAAGUAAAUCAGAUUUUUCAGACAGUCUAUCACUUAUUAAUUGCAAGUGGUCAAAUUUGUGUAAGCAGGUUUUUUGUUAACAGCGUAGGUGUGACUGUGUUUGAGGCACAGGUUUCAAACAUGGAUGAAAUUCAAUAUGCAACGAUUCAUCAUUUUGUUCUAAAAAAUUAAAACAAUUUCUGUCAUUUUUCCUGGUUUCUUUGCUCCACACACCAAAGAAAACAUUUAAAAUGAAUAAAGUUUGGUUUGUAGACAGAACUAGACACUUGAGAACAUCAUUUUGUGGUUUGGGAAACAUUUGUUUUACAUUUUCUGGAUCAAACUAAUCCAUUAAAUAAUCAACAAUCAAUCAAAAGUGAAUGAACUCCUUGUGAAGAUGCCUCGUAGAAAUAGCCGGGUUCACUGUAAGACUGAAUUUAAAGACAUGUUUGAAACCAUAUUACUGAGAUUUUACUCUUGCACUGGAGUUCAUUAGUUCAUGUUUUGAUGAUCAUUUAUGUGUUAAAGCUUUAUUUUGUAUUCAAGUUGCAACACAAGAAAUACUGAACUGAAGUUUGUGUUGGGG